AUGGAAGUUGUCAGUUGGUUUACAGAUCCCAUUUCCGCACAUUUUCUCAAAACGAGAAACACAUUCAAAAUUAAGUUCAUCGCACUCACAUUGUUCGUCGUCGUGGCAUUUUGCCUGUACACCGUUGAUUGCGCCGGUUCAGCUUCAGGAUCAGAAUCAGGAUCAGGAUCAGCUGUUUCUAGUGGAUCUGGUUCUGCCAGUGGAAGUGGCACUGCAAGUGGUAGUGGGACUGGAACUGGGAUGGCGACAUCCACCACCACUACGUUGGCUCCCACGACCACCACUGAUACUUCAGUGACCCACAGGAAAGUCCAUCGUAGAAGGCGUCACAUCAACCGGAAAAUCCUACGGCGGCGAGAAGGUCUAUUGGCUAAGAAUAGACAAAUGUUUCUAGGAGUAAGCAAUACAAUAUAAAUUCAUAG